CUAGAUCAAUAGUUGCAGCUAGAGGAGCAGUUAGUGAGCAGCGAGAGCGAGAAAGCUGUUCGAGGCAAGCCAGCUAGAGGAGGAUAGUACAAGCGUCACUGGAGGUGUCAGAGAUAGAAUCCGAGCAGACAACAAAGUAGAGUUUUAGUUAUUGAUUUACGAAUAUGAGUAGUGACUGGAGAUUCAAAUUAAGAUUCUAUGGUUGAGGUUUGCCCAAGUGUUAGGGCUUUGUUUUGAGAGAUUUCAGUUCACUUCAGUAUUUGUUAUGGUUAUUUAUGGAAAGCUUCCAUUUCUUUUUUUUACAAGUCCUUCGUUUCUUAUUUUGGUUUAUGAGUCAUCAAGGGCAUUUUGGUAAAAUUAGUACCCGGCCGGGUUAGGGUGUUACAAAAAAUAUAUAUUUCAACAAUUCGAAUCUUAGAAUUGUUUACAAUCUAAAGAUUUAGGCACCCUAGGGAUGGAAUUGGGUCGAAUUAUGUUCAGAAGUUAGUGUUGUUGAAUCAUCCCAGGGAAGAUGAUUGUUGGGUAGUUGCGAUGCUAGACAUGCACGACCUUGCAGUGUUCAAAUUGAAUACGAACGACCCAUGGGACCAUGUAGGUCAAGAGGAGGAUGUCUGCGAUUAUGUGCAUCAUGGCGUCUUCCGGGGGAAGAAUCGCUUCUAUUUCGUGGCAUCUAGUGGGACUUUAAACAUGAUUUACGAUGUCGUGCUUCCAGAUUCCAGGUGGGAUCCUGUUGUUGUCGAUACCAAUCUUCUGAGGCUAUAAAUAUGGAGCGAAGCAGUACUAUCUGGUAGUUUUUCCGUCUAAAGGAGAUGGUGAUUUGAUUCUAGUGACAAGAGUUUUGAGAGAUGCAUGUGAAACAUAUGAUUUGGAUGAAGGUGAUGUCACCAAAUACUUUAAGUUGUUUAAGCUAGAGAACGGGAAUGCGUGGAGGUAGAUCAUAUCCAUUGGUAAGUACGCUCUUGUCUUAGGAAGUUUGGGGUCAAGUUUUGUGAGUACAGCUGAAUGCCCUGAGUUUGGCAGAAGAAGAAAAAGAAUGGAACUUACAUUGUAAUGACUGAUCUUAGCGUCACCUAAUUCCACCCGAAAAAGGUUCAUCUAAACCCAAAAAUUAUGGUCAACUAGUCCAUAAUAGAUGUCGGCAGGAUGCACAUAGGGGUGGGCAAGGGAAACGGGUAUUUGGGUAUACCUGUACCCGUCCCGUUUUUUUAGCGUUACGGGUACCCAAAUACCCAUAAUUUUUUUACGGGAUGAAACUUGGGAUCAACAAUCGCUACUUUGGGUACUCGCGAGUUACCCGUUAAUACCCGUUCGGGUAUUACGGGCACCCGUUAUACCCAUUAGUCCAAUAUUAUUUCAAGAUUGUUUCUAUUUUGAUAAUGGUGAAAAUAAAUAUGAAGAGAACGAAACAGAGUUAAUAACAGAAAAAGAAACCAGCAACCAAGGCACAACACAAUUGAACCAAACUGUUAAAAGGAACACACUAACUAAAAUGAAACAACAGAAAAAGAAAAGGAACUAACAACAAAAGACAAAGUGCUGGAUAGAUGGGCCUUACCAUCCCUGCCAGGUAACCAACAAAUGUUAGCCUGGAAGCUAUUGGAAAGGGUUUCCCAAGCCUCAAGCAAAUUUGCCUCCGCAAGUGGUUAUUUGUGUCUGUCAAAACAUAGUCCGAUCUGAUUAACCCGCCCGAUCAACCCGACCCGCAACCCGACCGCAACUCGAAUUGACUAUAAGUCAAUAACCCGUAACCCGCCCGACCCGCAACCCGAUUGACCCGCAACCCAACUAACCCGCAACCCGAUUGACCCGCAACCCGAUUAACCCAAACCCGAUUGACCCGCAACCCGACUGACCCGCAACCCGAUUAACCCGAACUCGAUUGACCCGUAACCCGACCGACUCAACCCGAAUUUCAUCUAAUCCACUUGAAUAAUUAUAAAAAUAUACAAUACAUAGUUUUUCAAAAUAAAGUUUUUCAUUCUAAACUUAAGUAAAAUUAUUUUUUCAUUUCGUAUAAGAAAUUUAAAAAAUAUGAAAAUCACUUGAUAUUGUGUAUGUUAAGAAAAUUACCAAAAUUGAAACAUGAAGGUCACUUGAGAUCAUGACAAUAUUAAUAUAAUAUAUAAAUUAAAAUUUUGGUUAAUUUAACUAUUCAAUAAAAUUAUCAAUUAAAUAUAAAUAAAGUAAAGUAAUGUAUUUGGUAAUUUGAUGUUUUUAAAAGAAAAGGGAAAUUUUGGUGUAUUCAAGUUUUUGGGAAGAGAAAGAAGAGGGAAAUUUGGUUCUUUGAAUUUUUUUAGAAAAGAAACAAGUGGGGAUUUUUGUGGUUUUGAUAUGUGGGAAGAGAAAGAAGUGGGAAAGUUUGAUUUUUUUUUAUUAUGAAAGAGAAAUAAGGAGGGAAACUUUUGACUUUUCAACUUUUUGUAGAAGGAAAGAAGAAGGUAAUUUGUUUCUUUCAAUUUUAUGGAAGAGAAAGAGGAGGGAAAAUUGAGUUUUUCUAAUGUAUGGAAGGAGAAAGGAGGGAAAUUUUAGUAUUUUGUGAAAAGAAAGAAGGAAACAAAUUUGGUGUUUUCAAUUUUUUGGUUUUUCAUAAUUUUAGCUUUUGAAAUAUGAAUCUUUAACUUUUAUAUGGAGGGCAUGACUAGUUAAAAUUAUUCUUAUAUGCUUUGAAGGCUAAUAUGUAUAUAUGUAUGUAAUUGUUUAUGGGCUAAUAAAUGAAUUAACCAUUAGUUACAAUAAUUUAUACUAAACUUGAUAAGUAAUCUUUGACGGUUCGUUGUUUAGGAUAUAAAGUAUAUGGUUAGGGUAUAAGGUAUAAGGUACAUAUGGUUUAGGGUGUAUAUGGUUAGGGUAUAAGAUAUUGAUGGUUUUAACGGUUGUAAGUUUUUUAUUAACAUAUGUUCACUUGAAGUCAUUUGAAGUCUUUAACGGCAGGAGAUCCCUUUUUAAUUUAUGUUUAUGGUACGUGGUUAGGGUACAAGGUAUGUGGUGUAAAGUAUAAGAUAUAUGGUUAGGGUAUAACAAUUAGCAAAUAUCACUUUUUAUCUAUGUUUUGAAAAUCAAAGUAUGAAUUUCACUUUUAAAUUAACUAUACUAGCAAAAUCACAACUCAAGGACAUAUGAUUAGGGUAUAGGUUAUGUGGUUAGUGUAUAAUGUAUUGAUGGUUUAGGGUAUACAAUCAACAACAUAUACUAACUUAAUAUUGUUGAUUGAGGGUAGAGCUAAGUGUAUAGGAUAUAUGUUAUUGAGUAAGUUAUGAUUGAAGUCACAAUAACUUUACUAAAUUUGAUAGCUAAUCUUUAAUGGUUCAAUUUUUAGGAUAAUUCGAACAAUUUUACAAAUAACUCGUUUGGCAACAGUUUACUGAAGUUAUUUGGGCAAUGAGUUAUUUUGAAAUAACUCCUUUUAUCACUAUUCUUUUGCCAAUUUCCACACGCCAAAUACCAGAUUUGCAUGGUUAUACUAAACGAGAUACUUUAAUUCAAUUACUACUGAAUUAAUACUAAAAUAUCAAAUAAACAAUUAACGGUAUCUUUUGGUUGCAAAUAUUGAUAUCACCAUUACUAUUAGCUAUAAUACUUUACCAAUUAUGAUUAAUUACAUAACAAGUUUGCAAGUCAUACAAAUUGAUUUAAAAUUUUGACUAGUUUUUUUCAAAAAAAUAAAGUAUAUAUACGAGGUAGAAAUAAAUUGGUUAAAAAGUUGAGAAAAUAUUUUAAAUUAGUGUAAUAAAAUGUGUAAGUUGGUAAUGAGUAAUGAGUUAAGUUACUUGAUGCGCUGGCCCGAACAACCCGAAACCCGACCCGCCCGCAACCCGCCCGACCCAAAACCCGAUGAACCCGCAACCCGACUAACCCGCAACCCGUUUGAACCCGAAUCCGAUGAACCGCAACCCGACUAACCCGCAACCCGUUUGAACCCGAACCCGAUGAACCCGCAACCCGACUAACCCACAACCCGUUUGAACCCGAACCUGAUUGAACCCCGCCCGAACCCACCUGAUUGACACCUAUAUUUGUGUCUGAUAAUGGAUUGGUGAGUUUCACCAAAUCAACAGGUUGUCUCGUCCAACAGAUCGAGUUACAUAAUCAGAAAUCAUCGGCACAAUCUCAAAAUGUGGAGCCAAGUUGAAAUCACUCAGUCUGGUUAGGUGCAUGGGAAUCAAGGAUACAACAUCAGGGCUUUCACUAUCAUCACUAUCUCAAUGUAGCCUUCUUCUUUCUGAUCUGUUGGUUUGUUUUGCCACCCUUAUGUUGCUGUUUUGGUUUGUGCAGAAGAAAUAGUUUUGUUGUUUCUAGGAACGGGAACAAUAUAUGCAAAGAAGGGAUUUGAUGGAAUUUUGAACGGGUAUUUACGGGUAGUAUGGGUACCCGUUAUUCAUCCCGUACGGGUAACGGGUACCCGUUAACCCAUACAGGUUUGGGAUAUGGGAUGAAGAUUGCUCUCUAAAUGGGACUGGGUACCCGUCCCGUCCCGUUGCCCACCCCCAGAUGCACACCUCCUGCCUGGUUUCAGGGGUGGAAGUUGGACAGGAGACCACAGAGGCGCAUCCUUGCUUGGCAGCUUUAGACCGCGGCCAGGCAUUGUAUUUGCAGAGCCGAUCUUUGUGGAAUUGGUAACAAAGACGAAAACUAUGGUGAGAAAUAUUUUGUUCGGAGGAAAGAAGGCAUGGAGGAUGAAGACAUUGAAUUGUUAGGAUGCAAGAGCUUAGUCCGCUCUUAAGAGUAGACUAAUGUUGUCCCUUGGAGUCAAGGUACGAGGGAGUGACCCGGGGGGGGGGGGGGGGUCGUCCAAAUCGGAACAGACAAUGUUAAACAGUUCCUCCAUGUCAUCCCUUGGGGAUGUUUAGCAACCACCUUCAAUAUUUGCGAUCACUAGGCAACAAAUACAACAUGUAUGGGUUUCUUUUGUGGUCGUCACCCUUAUUACUGAACCCACCCACCUUUUUCCAAAACCAGCGCCUUUUUCCAUCGAUAUGCAGUCUGUUUGUUGUACCAAAAUGAAAAAAGAAAAUCUAUAUUGUGUACUAGGAAAUACACAUUGUUGUUGAAUAUGAACAUGAGAGGAAUGAAGAAAAUGAGCUUUGUUACUUUGAUUCUGAGGGAGUAUAUCUACUUGCAUAAUCUUUUGGGGUUUCCGGUAGAUGAAUGAAGAGAGAGAUAGAGAAAAAUGAAGAGUUGUAUCUUCUAUUUGGGCGCAUGAACUAUAUAUCCAUAAUGAACGGCAGGAGGAAUGAAGAACAUGUUGACAAUGUGGGACCAAUGGAGAAGAAGGGCAAAUAAAAUUGUAUAUCCCAAUUGAAUAUAUGUUCAGCGCAUUUUUUGUAACCAAACACGGUCUAAUUGAUUUUUUUUUUUGCCAUUUCUAUCUUUCAAUCUAGCUAUAAAGUAGACUAAAGAUUUCACUAAUUGACUAAUUAUAUUUGAGAACCUAUCAUGAUUAUCUCAUUUUAAAUAUAAUAACACUCGAACUAUCUCAAAUGCGGUUUAUUUUACAUUAUAUAUCAUAUACUUAAUUGCUUAUCAAUUUGAUUUUUACAAUGUUUAUAUAUGAUAUUUUAGGAUUUUAACAUUUAAUAACUAAAUAUUAUCUAUAGUUAACCUUAUUAUAGCUUUAAGGGCAUGACUGUAAAUUUAAGAGCAUAUAAUGAGUUAUCCUAUGUCAAUAACGUCACUCGAAUUAUCCCAAAUGCAGGCUAUUUUAUAUUAUAGAUUAUAUACUUAAUUAUUUACCAAUUAUGAGUUUUUUUAAAGGAACCUAGAUGCCUUUUAUUAAUGAAAAUUAAAAUUGGUACAUUUAUCCUAUCUCCGUCUACAAUAGACCUAUUAAUUUUAUUUAUUGAUUAUGAGUUAAGAGUUUAACACUUAGUAACUAAGACAUUGUCGAUCGAUGUAGUAAAAAUGGUGAUUCUACGUAGAAGCAUUUUGACUUUUGAUGACCUAGAAGCGUGAAACUGUAUUUAAGAUUUAAAGAGUAGAUUUUGACUACACUCGUAACUGAGAAGCACGAUUCUAUGUAGAAGCGUUUUGGUGACCUAAAAGCGUAAGCUUUUAAGUGUUAAAAUGCGAUUUUGGCUAAACUAUUGUCGAUAGUAAACCUUAUAGGGCAUGACUAAUUGGUUAUAAUAUAUUUGAGAACAUGGUCAUCGUAUCAUAAUAACCAAUCGCUUCUUUUAUGAUACACAUGACAUAACCUAGCACCCGUUAUAUGAACUAAUUUAAUAGCUUUUGAAAAACAACAUACUUUAUAUAUUUAUAUGAGUUAAUUUGAUAAAUUCUAGGGUAUUAAGUUAUAUAAUUUAAAGUUUAAGAUGUAUAUAGGAUUUUUUGUGGCUUCAAUAACUAAAUUAAUAAUUAGUUUCAACAAUAAUUUGUUUUAGAAAAGUUCACUUAAUUUGUCAAUUUGUUUUUUAUGCUUCUACAUUUGUUACAACUUUUGCACUACAUGAUUGUUAUUUUACAACACUGAAGCAAAAAUUUGAUCCAUUUAAGUUGUGCUCGAGUUACAUUUUGGUUUCAAAAUGAGGUUUAAGGCUGGUCCGAUAAGUCAUACGAUUGCUAUAACUCAAUCAUCUAAAAAAAUACAAAAUUAAUUUAGUACUUUGGCUAGUUUUCAAACUUAUAUAGGUAAUUCUGCCCAAAACAACUUUUAUAAGUACAUAUAUUAUGUAGAAAUAAAAUUUCUAAAAAUUACGAAAAAAUGUCUGACAUUAGUGUAAGUUGUAACGAAUAAAAGUAACACAAUGCGUUGACCCGAACAACCCACAACCCGAUAUGCUCGCAACCCGCCUGACUCGUAAUCCGAUAACUAUUACCUAAUUGACCCACAAUAUGACGAAGUCGCAGCUUGACUAACCCGUAACCCAAUCAACCCGCAACCCGACUAACCCGUAACCCGCUUGAACCAAACCAAAACCCGCCUGAUUGUCACCUCUACAAACAUACAACAAUACAAACCAGAACGACAAACCAUAUUUACAAACAAUACAACACAUACGGGCUAUACAAACAAUACAAAAUGGAAAACAACAUGGUUGAUUUUGGAUGGUCCUCCCAAUAUAGAGGAGUUUUGUCCCAAAGUCAACCAUGCUAUUUUUUAUACAUACAAACAUGGUGAACAACAAGACAAACUAUAUAAACUAGAUUUAAAACAAUACAAACCAUAUAAAAUGUAUUUACCAACAAUACAAACCAUACAAAAUGGAAAAGAACCUGAUUGAAUUUGGAGGCGUCGUCCCUGUAUGGAGGAGAUUUGUCCCAAUGUCAACCAGAUUGAUUUUUUUAUAAGGGCGAUGAUUUUAUUAAUGACAAAUAUCAAUACACGAACAAACACAAACAAGGGGUAGGGAUCACAAGACUUGAUCCCAGACCCGAACAAAGCAGAAACAUAAAAAAAUAUGGACAAACACACACAGGGAAGAGAACUGAAACAAAGCGCUAAGCAGGCCAGACCACCUCUGCGCAAAAGGACAAGUAGAGACUUCGCACAUCUGUAAACAAAACAAACAAACUCGCCAAAGACAGACCAUGUUGUUUUUUAGUCAUAUAAACAUUACAAACAUUAUAAAAGAAACCGAAAAAUAUUAC